AUGGAACCCAUCGCCGGCCCCGACGACAUUGUCCACGUCCCCGCACCAUGGGGUCUCAAGGGCACUGUCUACCAAUUUGCGUGGUGGACCCCACGCACCCAGGCUGAGGACAUGCCGGCCAUGGCCUACUCGCCCCUCGAAGCCAACUCUGCCUUUGCAUCCCCCGAAGGCAGCAAACCCCUCGGCGGGCUCAGCGUCGUGCAGAUUAUUCGGUAUACGGAGUCGCCGGUUGGUCCGUAUGAUGAGCUGCUCUUUGUGCCGGGGUCUCAUGAGAAUGUUGUUGAUGAUGAGAAGACUGGGAAGCGGGUGACGAAGCGGAAUGCCCGAGUUACGAGGAUUUAUGUGUCGCAGAAGUAUACCUGCUGGAACGGCAGGACGAAUUGGAACAUCCCCAAGCACCUUGCCAAGUUUGAAUGGCACACCGAUCCUUCUACUUCUACCGCAACCGUCAAGGUCUAUCCCCACGACACACCCAAAGCUUCCGGCCCGAGCAGCACCUACGACGCGACCGAGGCCACAGCCGCCACAGUGCCUUUUUUUCAAGCAUCCUUCAAACCUGUCCCCUUCACUCCCAGCUUCCCCUUCUCCGCCGCCGUCUUCCGCUACCUCGGCCUCAACCCAACGCUCGUCCAACCGCCCCUCCCCGAAGGAAAAGACGCUUCCCAAAAGGAGCUCCCCGGUACGAGCAAGUGGUGCGCCAUCGAUCCCGUCCAGAGCUCAUGGAAGACGAAGCUAGGCUGGUUCGACUUGCGGCAGCAAACGGAUGGUAGGGGUCAAGUUAUUGGUGGCGCGGAGGGGGAGAACUUUUGGCCUGGGCUUGGUCGGUGGCAUUUGGGUAUUCGGAUGGAAAAUGCGACGAUUGAUUUUGGGGAGGGGAGAUAUUGGGACCCGUCCAGGUCGACUAUGUGA